AUGGACAGUGAUGAAUCUCAGCAACAGCAGCAGUCACAACUGCAACAACAAUAUCAACUUCAGUCUCAAAAUAUUGUAACAACAGCAGAACGCGAAUUUAUGUUGCAAAAAUCAAUACCUCUAUUUGGUGCAGAAUUAGGGACACGUUUAGAAAUAGCUGCAUUUGAUAAAUCAAAAGGAAACAAAUCGGAUUAUACUAAAAUGUUUGAGAAUUAUUCUAAACAACUGUUAAUUCGACAAUUUCAACAACAACAACAGCAACAGCAAGCUUUAAAUGCUGUCAAUCGUCAACAGCAAAAUCAACAGUUGUCACAACUUAGUCAACAACUGGCACAAAUACAAAACGGUCAGGCAACAAUUGUGAAUAGUUCUCAAUCUCAGCCUCCGCCACUUUCUCAACAGACAACCAUUAAUGGUUAUCAAGUAACUUUACAACAACAACAGCAACUUGCACAACAACAGCAACAACAGCAUCAAAUAUUAUUAAAUAUACAAAAUUCUUCAAAUAAUGGAAACCCAUCAGUUUAUUUAAAACAGCAACAAGCGCAAAAUCAGCCCUUACCUUCUCAAACAUCCUAUGUACAGCCAUCUAUCAAUGUGCUACAGCAAUCUCAAACAAAUUCACAACAAUUAUCACAGUUAUUACUCAAUAAUGGAUUGCAACAAAAUCAACAACAACCUCAUCAACAACUUUGUUUAACAUCACCGUUGAAUAUCCAAAAUAAUCAGAAUCAAAUUCGAUUGCAAAUUCCAAAUACAAAUACAUUACAUACGACUGUGAAUCUUCAACAACAGCAACAACAACAGCAGCAACAACAACAACAACAGCAGCAGCAGCAACAACAACAACAACAACAACAACAGCAGCAGCAGCAGCCACAACUACAACGACAAACAAUACCAUCUCAGCAACAACAUCAAGUUCAAACUACUCAGCGCCAACAACCGACUCGUGCUCAACUCCAACAAUUACAAAUACAGCAUCAAAUUCGAGCUCAAAAUCAACAAACCAUCCAACGAACAAAUACGGCACCGUCCAUUCUCAUUCAACAACAAGAUCCAGCAGCUCAAAUACAACUACCACAACUGUCAAAUACGUCAUCUAAUGAUCAAUUAUUACAAAAACUACUUAGUAGUAAUGUAACAAAACCUCAACAACAACAACAACAAAUUCAAAAUAGAGAACAGGCUAGACAAUUUCCAGCCCAACAAACACGCUAUCAACUCGCAUCCGUCCCAGGCCUGACGGCACCUGCUCAAACCAUAACUAUUCAUGGCAGAACUACUCCUCCACCUUCAAUCCAACAACAGCAACAACAACAGCAGCAGCAACAACAACAACAGCAACAACAACAGCAACAACAACAACUGCCACCCACCACGCUCAUAACAAGUCAAUUGUUACCAUUAUCUGUACAACAAGCCGUUCCGAAUGAUGUAUCAUCUCCCAGUCAACAACAACACCUUAUUGCUCAGCAACAACAAAGUCCAUUGAAUCCGAUGAUGACAGCUGUCCAAAGUCCACUAUUAAGUAAUCCAUCAUCAAUCAGAACAGGAAUAUCAACGUCGCCAAUGAAUAUGAAUCAUAGUCCAAAUCCAAUGAUGUCAGAUGAUGACCUUCAAUUUUAUUGUAAAUAUUUAAAUGAUGGACUUGUGAAACUAACAUUAUUAGGACAAAAACUUCAACAAAACGGGCAAAUGGACAGACUGAAAUAUGUUACAAUGGUUCGCAAUCGUGUUUUGCAAUUUCUUAAAAAUUCAUCUUCUGAAACUUUAGCAAAGGCAAAAGAAUUAAAAGAUAUUAUUGAUCGGUUCCAACCAAUCCGUUCAAAUACUUCUGCUCCUCACGUAGUGAGUACCGAGAGCUCAGUAGGAUUGAUAGCAGCAACAACACCAUCAUCCUCUAAUAUGCCGGUGACAAGUGUACAAAGUGUUGCAUCAACAACAACGGUAUUUGAUCUAUGUCAUAAAGCUAUACUAGAUUUUCUUGGAAAAGAUCGAUCAGAAAGAAUUACUGUCACCAAACGAUGUCUUGAACCAUUGACAGAUGUUCUCAACGGAGUUCCACAUAAAAUAAUGCGAUUAGACGAUACGUAUGAAUAUGUAUCUACAACUUUAAAUAAAGUUCGUUCGACCGAUACAGAACAGACAUUUGAAACAAUCGUUAAAAAUGAGCUAUCACAAUUACCAGCAGAUGUUUAUCGAUGUGAAUUAAAAUCAGUGUCACAAUCUUGUUUUGCUCAUGGUCUUCUACUAAAAUGUUUUUUAAUCGAACAAGGUUUGCCAGUUAUUCCACCAUUAAAAUUCAAAAUCUCAAAAUAUUAUCCUGAUGAUUGUCCCGAAAUAUUAUCAAUAUUAGAAACAAAUCCACCUCGAUUAGAAUGUUCAGAUGGACAUGUAUUUUAUGAAAAAUUAUCGAAAAUAUUCAUUCAUCAUGUUUUUAAAUUACGGCCGAAACAUACGGUGACAGAUGUACUCGAAAUAUGGAGAAUGGCCGUUCAUAAUGCUUUAUAA